CGGAAUAUUCCCUACCGACGGACUGUGUGGAAACACAGGAAACCCUUUCCCGAAAACUAUAUAUAGCGAUCUUUCAAUCUCCGAAAUUUGCCCUAGAAAAAUUCCAACAGCCGCAACAUGCUCCUCUCUACCAAAACACUCGCUUUCUCUCUCCUCACUCAAAAUUCGCGAGCACCCUCGCCAGAUUUCGAGGUUUGUUGCUGAUGUGAGCGAAGGGUACGGGGGUUUAGGGUUUCUGUUCAUGGAUGCUGUUGAAUUGUCUCUCCCGGUAGACGUGGCGGCCGCACCGAAUUUGAUGGGAUCAGAGGAUUCUCGAGUCACAGUCACCCAUUCAAGUUCAAUUGACUGUUGCAGCUCCCGUCUAAACCAAAAUGAUGUUGCAAAUAUGAAAACUGCUGCUGAGUUUCCCUCAUGUAAUGAUAUUCUAGAGACUCAAAUCUGUAAGAAUUCUAGUCAGCUGCCACAUAUUAAGGUUGAAGAGUUGUCCAAAAGUAUACCUGGUGGUAACGGCAAAAAUUGCCCUGUAAUUACUUCCAGACUGGAAGGUGUACCUUCACAACGAAAAGCAGCAAAAUCUAACAGGAGUAAUAGUUCAUGUUCAAAGAGGCCACGGAUGUCCCAGUCAGAAGAUUCUACAAGUCCUAAUAGAAUUGAGGAGUUAAAGUAUAUUUCUGAUAAGCUUGGAUCACAUAAUUUAAAGUGUGCUUCUCCAGAGAAAAGUCAGUUACCAAAGCAAAAGAGUAAUGCUAGCAAGCGUGGUGAUAAGAGGAACUUUAAAGUGCCUUCUGCAAAGGCUAAAUUUGAGCCAUCCUCGAUGAAGAUGGGUGCAUCAAUCUUCAGUUCUUCCUGUGGCGGGAACAACUUUUCUGGGUUAUAUGGUCUGAAACAUGAUUUUCGUGAUGUCACGAAGCUUAUGGAUGAGCCACCGUUAGAUGAGCUCCUAAAGGGCACAUUUGUCUGCCCCGUUAUAAGCAAAGAUAAAGGGAAGAAAGCAAAUAUGAAUGAAAGUUUUUUGAAUUCAGUUAGAAAGGCUUGCUCAAUCGUUCUCCCAAAGCCUGUUCAGUCCCAAAAUAUGGCUGAAAUGGAUUAUUCCUCCAAUAAUAAAAUGCCCACUUGCCAAUUGAGUUCAGUUUGUGCAUUAGAAAGUGUUGGUAAUGGGGAUAAAGAGCAGUCUUGUACAGCAGACAUGUCUUCAUGUCAGAAGGAUCCUUGUAGUGAAACAGAAAGUACAGCUAGUCCACUUGACUUUCCAUUAUAUCAACCUAAGGAUAUCUUGGAACGGAUUGCAUUCCAUCCAUUUCGGGAUCUGGAGUCUUUGAUGCUUGAUGUGCCCAAGCCUGCCAUUACCACCAAGAAUAGUAAUGACCUACGUUCAGGCAAGCAGGUAUCUUGUCGGCCAAGCUUGCCAGCCUUUCCAUGGUCACAUGCUUUUGGUGGUCAUUCUAGAACUAAUUCUGACACAGUUAAGUUAUCAACAAGUAGAAGCACAUGCCAAGGUAAAUGGGCGAGGAUAGGUCUCAUUGCUAGCUCUGCAGAUAUUGACCGCAGUUGCUUCACAGACCUUGAUUCAUUCAGUUACGAUCAGAGCCUUGUUCCUUCAUCUGGUUGUUCAGACAAACAAAAUUUCCAAUCAUUAUUUCCUAAUCUUCCUUUCCAUCAGUUGGAUUCUUCAUCUUCUGUUACAUGUUCUAAAGAUUCUCAGGUUAAUGCAGAAUUUGGAGGCCAAGUAGAUACUAAAGGAAAAAAUGACGAGCAUUGUCCAAGAGUAUUAGCUGCGGCACAAACUAUCUGUGACAUUGCAUCUUCCUCACGGAGGCAGGGCCCAGAUGGAAUUUUGAGAUGGCAAAGGAAAACUUCACAUAAGGCCAUGAAAGCUUGCUACUUUAAAUCAACUGAGAAACAUGAAGAAAUGCCUUCGACACCUAUUUCAGUGAUUGGAUCCGACAUGGUGGCCAGAAGUAAGGAACAGAUAAUGUCCUCAAAGAAGCCAAGGUUCACCAUAGUCGAGAAUAAGAAUAGUAAUCACUCCAAUAAUGUUAAGAAAGGACCCUGUGCGUGGCCCACUUCAAAAUCAAGUAGAUCAUUACCCCCUAAACAAAUUAGGGACUCGAAUGUGGAAAACAAACGUACAAAUGCCAGCAUCUUGAAGCAACAUUGGAUGAUGCCCCCACCUUCGAGUGAUUUGGGUAAGGCUUAUGAUGGUCAGCAGCAGGUCGGUAAAUUAGUAUUGAUGGAUUGGAAAAGGGCAAGGGACAAGUCAGAUUGAUCGAUCAUUAUUGACUGUAGACACAUUAGUGGCUGGCAGCUGUUGUGGGAUUAGCAAUUGUUAGGUUAGUAAAAGGCUGCUUUGUAUAUAUUAUGCUGUGGCUGCAAGCCUGCGAUGUAUUUGUUGCUAGUGUUCAUGUUCAAGGGCAAACAUGAUUCAAAUGUUGUAACAUUAAACACAGGUGUAUAAAACAGCAGAGUUCUUUGCUUACUGGA